AUGGGAGAGCGAGGUCCAGAUCAAUGGCUUGAACAGAUUAAAAACUGUGUAGCAUUAUCCGAAUCGGAUAUGAAACAAUUAUGUGAACUAGUUAAAGAAUUACUAAUGGAAGAAUCCAACAUUCAACCGGUCCAAUCACCGGUCACAGUAUGUGGGGAUAUUCAUGGACAAUUUCAUGAUUUAUUGGAGUUAUUUAGAAUAUCAGGUGGUUUGCCCAGUGAUGAUAAUCAAACAAAUUAUAUUUUCUUAGGUGAUUAUGUUGAUCGUGGUUACUUCUCAUUAGAGACUUUCACAUUGUUGAUGGUGUUGAAAGUUAAAUAUCCUCAUCGUAUAACUAUGGUUAGAGGAAAUCAUGAAACAAGACAAAUUACGCAAGUUUAUGGAUUUUAUGAAGAAUGUUUGACUAAGUAUGGGUCUACUACAGUAUGGAAAUACUGCUGUCAAGUAUUCGAUUUCCUUACAUUGGCAGCUAUAAUUGAUGGUAAAAUACUUUGUGUUCAUGGUGGAUUAUCCCCUGAGAUUAGAAUGUUGGACCAAAUUAGGGUGUUGUCUCGUGCACAAGAAGUGCCUCAUGAAGGUGGUUUUUGUGAUUUGGUAUGGUCAGACCCCGACAAUGUUGACACUUGGGCAGUUUCACCUCGUGGUGCUGGAUGGUUAUUUGGAUCAAAAGUAUCACGAGAAUUUAAUCAUAUAAAUAAUUUACAAUUGAUUGCUAGAGCUCAUCAAUUGGUAAUGGAGGGGUUUAGAUAUCAUUUCAAAGAAAAAGAUGUUGUAACCGUUUGGUCAGCUCCAAAUUAUUGUUAUCGAUGUGGUAAUGUUGCUAGUGUUAUGCAAAUUGACGAAGACUUGGAACCAAAUUUUAAAAUAUUUAGUGCUGUACAAGAUGGUGAUUUAACUUUGAAGAAUAAUAAUACUAAACAACAAAGAAGUGAUUAUUUCUUGUGA